UAGCAGGUUUGUCCAGAUAGACUUGGCAUACAGUGAUGAAUGGACAGGGGUUGUAAAUUCGUCCGUAUGCUGGUGGUCAGUCUGCGGUGCGUAAAACGCGCGCUCUGGGGUGGGCACUUUGUUGGAGAGGCAGGACCAGAAAGCGCAACAGCACGAUCAUCUGCUGCGCGGAUCUCUCCUCCUCUCUGAGCGUCUUGGCAACCUAGACCUAAAUGUACAGCCGACGAACAGAGAAGUCGUUAAAGGAGGCGUUUGGCUGAGUGGUUUGCUCGUGAGCAAAAUGCCAAACCCACAGCCGUGGACGAUUAAAUUAUAGAUUACCUGAGCACUUAACUGUAUUGCUCAGGACUUUUCUGUUGUCUUGUUAGCGUUUCUUCCGAGGACUGUGCGUUUAAUUCAUGAUAACCAUGCCACAGGUCCCUCGCUGCAGGCGCACCGCGGUGACAACAGAAACAUAAUGGCAUGUAGGAGCGGUUGCUGCUGCGGCUCCGGUCCAAUAAACGAGGAUAACGCGAGGUUCCUGUUACUAGCAUUGCUCAUAAUCAUCUAUCUGCUGUGUGGGGCCGCCGUCUUCUCUGCGCUGGAACAGCCAAAGGAGCGAGAAGCGAAGGAGCGCUGGGUGCAGAGGUUCGAGCAUUUCAGCCAGAAGUAUAACCUGAGUAAGAAAGACCUGAAUAACUUCCUCAGGAAUUACGAGGAGGCGAACAUAGCGGGUAUCCGUGUGGACACUAUCAGACCUCGAUGGGACUUCACCGGCGCUUUUUACUUCGUGGGAACUGUGGUAUCAACCAUUGGGUUCGGGAUGACCACCCCUGCCACCAUUGGAGGAAAAGUCUUCCUGAUGUUUUACGGCCUACUUGCCCCCCCAGCCACAAUCCUCUUCUUCAAUCUCUUUCUAGAGCGUGUCAUCACCGUCAUUGCAGUCGUCCUCAAGUCCUGUCAUGCACGCCGCCAUAAUAAGGCAGUACUCCCGGAAAAUGGCCGUAGAGUCCCUGAGGGUAACAGAGCAGGUGGCACUGCAGCAGGAGGAAGAGGUGAGGAUCGGGGUGGCUGGAAGCCUUCAGUCUACUGUGUCAUGUUCAUUCUAGGAGCAGCUGCCAUCUUGGUGUCCUGCUGCGCCUCGCUCAUGUACUCAGCAGCUGAGGGCUGGGGCUACCUGGAUUCGCUCUACUUCUGCUUUGUGGCCUUCAGCACCAUCGGUUUUGGAGAUAUGGUGAGCAGCCAGAGGGUUAUCUACGAGGGCCACGCCAUGGCCGCCUACCGGCUGGGCAACUUCUUCUUCAUCCUGACUGGCGUCUGCUGCAUCUACUCCCUCUUCAAUGUCAUCUCCAUCGUGAUCAAGCAAUUCCUCAACUGGCUGCUGAGGAGGCUGGAGGUCCCCUGCCGCUGCUGUUUCCCCAGGAGGGGUCACCACCCACACCGGCAUCCCCGACAAAACGUAGUGGCCCCGGUGCACCUGCGUGCCCGUAGAGACCCCUCCAUCGAGACAGACGCUAUCAACGAGAGCGAGACUGACACUGGGCGCAGGAUGUCUGGGGAGAUGAUCUCCAUGAGGGACUUUCUAGCAGCCAACAAGGUAAAUCUGGCCAUUAUGCAGAAGCAGCUAUCAGAGAUGGCCAUCGGGCACCCACGCCAGUCCGGCUCCAGUUCACGUCAGAAUGGAUUCUCAGGAGGGGUGGGCGCCCUUGGCAUUAUGAACAACCGCCUGGCAGAGACUAGCGUGGAUAGAUAGGGUGUGAAUCAUUUCCAAAGGAGACAAAAGGCUGAGUGGAUGAGGCUAGUACAGACAAACUGACACUGAAGACUGCCUUCCUGAGGAAACAACAAUAACUGGCUGAUGUACAAGACUGAAUUUAUAACUACAUAAUGCUGUCUAUCCUUUCCAUCGACAACCAGGUUGACCCCAAGCAGCUGCAGCUUAGAAUCACAGCCCACUUUCCUGUCAAGAGCAUGAGAUGACCUGCUCCAUAAAUGAUGUAUGAUACUAUAGUUUUCCAGAGUCUCACAUCUGGACUAGGCUCAGAGUGCUGUUAUGUUCCCCAGUGAAGGAUUCAGUUUCCAUGGUGAUAACAAAAGGUCUGCCUCGAGACAUUCUGUCUAUAAAGACCCAAUGCACUACAUCGCUACUUCACACCCAACCACAACUUCCACUCAUCUGCAGUACUUUACUAUCCUCAGCAUGGCUCUACCAAUAUCAAUGAGAGAAAAAUAACUUUAAUAAAAUGGGUGUUUCUUGUUUUUGUGUUAGACUGUGGUUAUUACAUAACAUUGUGUUGUGUCGAAAAUGAAAAGAAAGCUGAACAACCAUAA